GAUCAGCUGUUCGUGUAUACGGGAUGCGGUGGUUGACUUGAAGUCGAUGCCUUUUUUUAAGGAGCAGAAAAUAAAAGAAGCAGUGAUAUAAACCUUUUAGGACACUUAAUUAGUACAAUUACAGCACCAAUAUGAAGUAUGUCGGCACAAGAUCAGACGAAUUCGGUAAAUUCUCUUUUGAAGAAGCGAUAUUCUCACCCGGUUAUUUACCAGACGGAGGGCUUCUCAUUCCAGAAGUUAUCCCGGAGCUGUCGGCGAGCUCUCUGCGAGAAUGGUCAUCGCUCUCGUAUGCUCAGCUGUGUAAAAAGAUUUUCCCGCUGUUUGUUGGCGAAGACGAGGUUCCAAAUUCUGAUUUGAAUGAUAUCAUCGAUCAAGCAGUUGCCAGAUUGAAGCAUCCAGAGGUGUUAACGGUGGCAAGGUUGUCCAAUGGCUUGAACGUUGCGGAGCUGUUCCACACGAAGACCCUGGCAUUUAAAGAUCUUUCUAUGGUGACCACAGGCCAAUUCAUGAAGUACUUUUUAGCAAAAAGGAAGAAGAAUAUUAUCCUUGUUGUUGGCACAUCUGGUGACACAGGAAGCGCAGCUAUCGAAGCGGUCAGAGAUCAUGAUUACAUCGAUUUCAUUGUACUGGUACCUCGCUGUUCUCGGCUCCAGAAACUCUCCAUGUUUACAGCCAUCGAUAGGAACAUCCACAUCUUUCAUAACCCUGAUAUGUCUUCGGAUGAUAGCGAUGUCGUGAUCAAACCCGUCAUGACCGAUACUGCCUUCAAAGAUCGUCAUCGACUCGGUACCCUCAACUCCAUCAACUGGGGUAGAGUGAUGGGCCAGAUUGUUCAAUAUUUUUUCACCUACCUCUCCAUGUGUCCGUCCUGUGACAAGGUCGUCGAGAUGAUCAUUCCAACAGGGGCUUGUGGCAACAUGACUGGUGCAUGCAUAGCCAAGAAAAUGGGUUUACCUAUUAAGAUAGUAUGUGCUGUCAACAGUAAUGAUAUAGUCCACAGGACAUUUGCAAACAACGAUUACUCCAUGAAUUCAGUGACGGCUACCUUGUCCCCAGCUAUGGACAUUCAGAUACCAUACAAUGUUGAGAGAGUAAUGUGGUUGUUUUCCGGUGGAGACCGUGCUCACAUUAAAGACGUCAUGGCUCAAUUUGAGAAGGAUGGUAAAGCAACCAUGGAUUCCAAAUUAUGGCAAAAGAUACAAGAGACUGUAAGCACCUUUUCAGUGAGUGACCAGACAGUGAAAGACACGAUUAGAAGAUGCUGGAAAGAAGAAGGCUAUGCUCUAUGCCCUCACACGGCUGUAGCUGUUGCUUACUACUACCAUAAACUUGCUAACCCAGACCCGAGCUCUCCAUCCAUCAGCGUCUGCCUCGCAACAGGCUCACCCGCCAAGUUCCCAGAGGCAUUGGAUGCGGCCGGUCUACCAGCCGUCGCUUCGGAGGAGGUUGACAGGUGGCUGUCACUUCCGGCUCGCUUCUCUAAGAUGCCUCAAGAUGGGAGUGAGGAGAAGGUUUUACGAGACAGGAUUGAGGGAAUCACAGCGGCCAGGGAGGCUGGCUUGAAGGGUGAUCUGUACGAGAGUGGACAUCUCAUUCUCUAAGGGGGUGUUGCAAGUAAAUAUUUGCAAUCAAUUGCAAAUAUUCUGUUGUAAUUUUACAGAUCAAUUUUAGCUGCAGCAAAUCAGAUUGCAUUUGUUGUUUCAAGGAACAGAUUUGCAAUCACUCGUAAAUUUGCAAUCAGUUGCAAUAUAUGAUUGAUACAAGAUUGAUAUAUGAUUGAUUUGGGGUCCAAAUGUAGAAUUGCAAUUGAUCGCAAGUUUCUUGCAAUGCCCCAUAGGUCUUCUGUUCCCUGGACAUACCCAAGGGGUCUUUCAUUGAGUUAUAUUAACCCGCUACUUGCUGGAAGCGGGUGAUCCCUAUUCAGAACCUACAAGAAUUACAGAAUUCAGUAAUAACUUGGAUCAGGUGAAGAACUGGUAAGUGAAGAAUGAAGAAGUCAAAAAUUGCGAAAAUAACUAUUAUAGAAAUGCAGUUUUAAUUCUCAAAAGACUUAAUUGCUUGUCAUAGGUUCAAGUCAUAACCUUCGUUCCCUCAGUGAUGUGAGCUUUGAUAUUGAUUCUACUAUGAUUGUACCAUCUAAAUCUGUUAGAAACCUUGGUGCUUACUUUGAUUGUAAUAUGAGUAUGUUGGGACAAGUUAAUCAGUUAUGUAAAUCAGUCAGAUUCCAUCUAAAAAACAUAUCGCAGAUUAGGGAGUAUAUAACUGAAGACACCUGUCAGAGUGCUGUUAGUUGUCAUAUUUUGUCCAGUUUAGAUAGCCUUUUAACAUCUGUUUCACAUGUAUAUUUGAAGCAGCUCCAAAGCUUACAAAACUGGGCAGCCUGCAUUAUCUUUAAAGUAGAUAGACGUCAUGAAUCUAGUCCUUUACUUAAAUCUCUCCAUCGGCUCCCCGUAAAGAAGAGAACCAUCUUUAAGUUACUACUGUUUGUCUUCAAAGCCUUUAAUAACCAGAUGCUAAAAUAUAUCGAAGACAAACUUGCUUCCCAUAGACCAUCUCGCACUAUAAAUCUCCAUUCAUCCUAAGACCCAUUUCUGCUUGCUAUUCCAAAGACCCGUACA